AUGGCGAGCGGAUUCGCAGCAGCAGCGCCUUUAUUCGACCAUCCAAAAGCCCCGGCUGCUGCAGACCUAAAGUCGACCCCGAUGCCAACUCCCAACUCACUGCCAGGCGUUCCCUCUUUUGUUGGAAUGGACGGUCAGCCAGGUGGUCUUCUCAGUGGUAAAAAAGGCUCCGCAUCUCCAGUAUCCAUCAUGGCCAAACCCUCUGUUACAAAGGCACCCGAGUACACGCGUACAUAUGCCACGGCUUUUCCUAGUACCUUCUCAGCUCCGGUACAGGGCACUGGCCUGUUAUCACUCAAGAACCUUCCUGCGCUACCUCCUGUUAUUGACAAGACGGUCUCUGGUGUCCUUGGCGCUGCCUAUGGCUUAAUGUCUGGAAUAUGCAACGAGGAACACAAAUGUACAAUAACCAUGGCUGGCUCGCUCGAUUCCCUGUUGGUUGACGGAGACAAGUACUCUGCCGCAACGACCAUCAGCGGCUGGUGCGAUGCCGGUCACUGUUAUGGCUCAGCGAACCCAACUGUCAACGCGACCGCGCCGUUCGAGAUUACAUGUGAUAAAUUAACGGGAACUACUGCUUGCUCCGCAACUCUUGCAGGAGCAGCUGAGGCUAUCUUUGUCAACGGAAACGCGCUUGAGCUUUGGGGAUGGCUCACACCUUCCGGAUACUGCAAAGGCGGCAUCUGUACAGCCUCGAUCGAGGCCUUUGGCGACCCCAUGUACUAA